AUGAACAACUCAGAGCUAAUGAAUAAUUAUGAAAAUGAUGAAGACGAUGAUUCACCUUUGGAGGAGAAUAAUAUACGCUGGAGCAACUUACUGUUUCUUCCUUUUCAUCCAGUGGUAAAACUGUUGGUUCUAUUGUCAGUUAUAAUAAAAAGCAUAUUGGGCUGUAUUAAAUGCGAAUAUCAUAAUGAAAAAGGUGAAUUAAUUAAAGAAUUCUACAAACCUGGUGAUAUACUAGCAUUUACUUCGGCAUUUCUUGGAAAACCAUCGCUAAAAACUUACAGUGCUAACACUGAUUGCGAGAUUCUAUUUAUCAAUAUAACCGAGUUCUUCAAUAUUAUGAGACGUUACCCAGGCGAGCACGCUCGUUACGAGGAUUGUUCAAAUGAAUUUAAAUCAGGAUUUGAGAAAAUCAUUCAGAAUCAUGUGAAGAAACAUAAAGAUAUGCCCUAUUACGAUAAACGAGGCCUGCUUAUUAAGGAUAAAAGAGCCUGUAUAAAACACUACCUCGUCCGAGGCUUUUUAAUGGACGUAAUAGGAGUGGCGCCAUUUUACGAAUUAUUCAUGCUAUAUUUGAGUAAAGAUAUUGAAGACAACGAUGCUCUACUCAUUAAUACACUAAGAAAAUUUGCUCAUUUGUAUUUAGUGAUGGGAUACUUUGAUUAUUUGGCCGAUACGCCGACACUUAACAUGGCUUAUCUUAUGCGCGGCUUUCGAGCGCGGCUGCCCCGCGCGGCUAGCCGCGCUAUAAUUGGACGACGGCUGCGCGCGGCAGCCGCGAGCUACCUGCCACGCGCGGCGAAAGCCGAACGUCCUCUCUCCAUCCCUAGAAAAAGAUCUGUGAAUAUCACAAUACGUAAAAAAAGGACUGAUGAAACCCUUGAAAGUAACGAUAUGAAUGCUUUUGACUCAGAAUCUCCAAACAGCUCACCAAAAACUGGCCAGAUACUACUACCUAAAGAAAAAUUAUUAGCAAAAUCACUAUCAGUGGAAUUGCCUGCUGAAUCAUUAAACAAUAGUUUCCAAUCCUUAGAAGAUUUAUCACACAGUUUAGAAUUAGUAAAUGAACUUGAUAUUGUGAGCAAACAAAAUAUGAAAAUAGAUGACUUACAAAUUAAAUUAAAGAGUUGCGAGUCUGAAUUUUUGAAAAACAAUUUUGGAAAAUAA